AUCUGUUUCUUUAUCCGACUUAAUAAAAGUUUCUAUAAGCCCACACACACAGAUGCCGCACGCCAUGGUGUAAGACCCCACCGAUCGCUUCCAGAUUAGCAGCGCCUUAUAAAAGGCUCGCCACAGCUUUCCGUUCUAUCAGUAGCAAUCCCGAUCCGAUCUAUCGAAAGAUGCAGCUCCUUAGCGUUCUCUCCGUUCUCACGAUCCUCUGGUGUGUGGCCGUACACGCUCAGCAGCCUGACUGCCGGGUCCUAAGGGAGAGCUGCGAGUCCUGUGUGAGGCGACUGAACAAUCCCUCCAAUAAUGUGGAGUUCAUGAACGACGGGUGCCGUGAGAGGCUACGUCGCACCUACCACUGGAGGAAUCAGACCCGUUGCGAUCUGCAGGUGAUUGCUUGUGCGGCUCAUAGAAGAAAGCUGGAUUGUGCGGUCAUUGCUGAACUCGCUGGCAUGCGCAGGCGUACCUAGAAGUACCUACCUUCCGGUCGGAUGAUACCCCACAAACCAUGCAGAGAUAUUAGAGUGAAUAAAACAUGCAUAUUAUUAAAAAUAUUUUCGACUUUCGUAGAGCUAAUCUUACUUGCCAAAACAGAAAUAU